AUGGCUCCCAGAUUCAAGGAUGGAGAUGCCGUGGUCGCGAUCAACGGUAAAUGGGUUGCAUGGACUCACACGGUUUUCGCAUACGCUGCCUUCUUCAGCGCGCUUAUAGUCGGCUGCGCUCUUCAUUAUCACAAGAUAGUGCAAAAUGAGCACUACGGUUACCCCGACGAAUGGUUUCCCUCCGUCUCCGCAACAAUUGGCGACCGAUACCCCGAGCGUUCAUUCUUCCAGGUCUUCAUCGCCAUCACCUCCGGCCCUCGCUUCCUUCUCGUCUUCCUGUGGUACAUCAUCACCGCGCGUCCCAAUUCCACCCUCCCUAAGGUCGUGGCCGGUGUGGGUGUCUUCCGAACCUUGACAUGUGGUGGCUGGACCUAUGUUACUUCUACCGACGACCAUGACUGGCACGAUAUCUUUAUGAUCUCCUAUUUGGUGGCGACCCUGCCGUGGACCCUGGGAUGUCUUGCCUUGAGCCCCAACAACCGCCGCGCUGUGAAGUACCGUAAGAUCAUGGCCAGCUUAUUCUUUGGAACUCUGGUGCCAUUGGUUUACUACUUCAUUCAGCACAAGGUUCAUAAGGUUGCCGGUGCCUACACCCGGUACGCCUUCUUUGAGUGGUCCCUGAUCUUAUUCGAUGUUGGAUUCGAUGCCAUUACGGUGCUUGAUUUCGAGGGUCUUGAACUGGUAGUACGAGAUGUGAAGGGAAUUAGCAGAGGGCAGUUGAAGACGACUGCGGACUCCGUCCUUGAAAAAGGGAAGGGUAAGCCUGUGACCAACACCUUUGGCGAGGGCUUCUUCUGGACUGAAAUUCUGGAUGCCGCUGCCGAUGUUUACAAUGGCUUCGUCUUCUGGACGAUCGUGACUGGUCUCCCCGUCCUUGUGUGGUACUUCCCUCUGUGGCACAUGGGUAUCUCUGGAUAUGAGGUUGCCAUUGUUGCUUGCGUCUCCCCUCUAUUCCUCGCCAUUCCUUCCUUGAGGUCGGCUGCCACCAAGAACUUGCGGCUGCUUCACCUUCUGUCUCUCACGGCCCUCUUCGCCUACAAGUUCCAGAACCCCGCCCACCGACUUUUCAUUACGGCCUUUGCGCUAUCCACUACUUGUGCCGCAUGGGUUGCUAGCUUCUUCGCCGAGCGUGGAAAUGCUGCUCGCCUUGAGGCCCGCAUCAUGGCCUGGGGCAUUGGUCUGAUUAUGUCGGUUGUGGCCAAGUUCGCCUGUGCCACUAACAACCCCCUCUGGCCAAUCAUGCACGACACGAACGGUGGCUGGAACAAGAUUGGCCUGGUCAUUGCCUUCUUUGCUGUCUUGCGCUCCCAGAGAGGCUCCAUUUCAAGUGGAAGCGAUUAUCUGCCCGCUGGCGGCAAGAAGGGCUCUUCUCUCCUCGCCGGCAUUGGCUUCGGAGGUCUCCUCUUCGCCAUUGUUUCGCUUCUGACUGACUCUAGCACUAUGAUCUCAUGGGUGUGGGAUGGAUACCCAAUUCGUGGACCUAUUGCUGUGCCUCAUGGUGCGGUGACAAUCUUCGCUAUGGGCGCCGGUCUGGUCUUUGGUAUCUUUAACCCUGCGGUGGCGGGCAGCUGGACAGCCUACGGCAUUGGCUCCGUUGGUGCUGCUCUUCUAACUUACUACCAUCACUGGACUGGAUACUAUGGUGCUCUUGCUCUUGCUUUCUACAUCAUGGCCGUCGCCCCUGUCAUCAUCAAGUCUGGUGUUCGCCACUCUCCCGGUGGCACCUUUGGCGUUGGGUUCAUCCUUUACGUCUUUCUUUUGCUCUUCCAUGUCUGGGUUGUUGCUUAUGCCUUCGUCCCUGGCGGUCCGCUCGUUCGCGAGCAUACUGAUUGGGUCAUGAUUACAACCAUGAUCGCCAUUGGUGCCGGUGUGUUCUCCGCGGCCACUUCGAAUUCCGGUUCCGUUCGUGCUCGCAAGCCCGCCAACCCUAACAGCAAGAGACAGCGUUCCUACUACAUCUACAUUCUUGUUGCAUUGCAGCUUCUCUCGGUGUCCGUCGCGUACCUGCGAUUCCCCACCAAUGACUAUAAGCCCCACCACCCCGAGGAGAAGCUUGUUACUGCCGGUAUCUGGACAGUUCACUUCGGUCUCGACAACGACAUGUGGGCGGCGGAGCGUCGCAUGCGCAAUGUUCUUGGUGAGCUUGAGCUUGAUGUUAUUGGUUUCCUGGAGUCGGACAACCAGCGCAUCAUCAUGGGUAACAAGGACGUCACCCAGUACAUUGCCGAGGACCUUGGCUACUACACCGAUUUUGGCCCCGGCCCUAACAAGCACACCUGGGGCUCUGCUUUGCUUUCCAAGUUCCCUAUUGUCAACUCGACCCACCACCUUCUCCCUUCGCCUGUGGGAGAGCUGGCUCCCGCCAUCCAUGCCACUCUUGACAUGUACGGUGAGAUGGUAGACAUUGUUGUCUUCCACUCCGGUCAAGAGGAGGACCCCGAGGAUCGCCGCCUCCAAAGUCAAUAUCUUGCUAACCUGAUGGGCUCGUCUCCCCGCCCGCUGAUCCUGUUGAGUUACCUGGUCACCAAGCCGCUCGAAGGUAACUACAACACUUAUGUCAGCGAGCUGAGCCAAAUGAACGAUAUUGAUCCUACCGAUUGGGACCGAUGGUGCGAGUAUCUUCUCUUCAAGAAGAUCCACCGUACCGGCUACGCCAGAAUCAGCCGUGACUCCAUCACCGACACUGAGAUCCAGGUCGGCAAAUUCGUUGUCGGUGAACCUCAGCCGGAGAACGAAAUGCGCAUUCCCGAAGAACUGGUCCCCGUUGGUCGCCGAUUCCCAGCCCUCUUCCGCGGUGAGGGCGUACGUGGUCACCGAUACCACGUCUUUGACGAGCCCCGCUACUGGGCAUAA